AUGCAUUCUGGAGAUGAUCAUGAAUUAGAUAUCUCGGAGGUGGAAUCAGAUGUUCCAGCCAGCUCGAAUCUUCCGAUUUUUGCAGCUGACGGUGAAGGAAAUGAAAUCAGCGAAGUUAGAAGAAAGAGACUAGCAUGUUCCAAUUGCCGCCGGAGGAGAAAGAAGUGCGACCUCAACUAUCCUUGUAGCAGCUGCCUGAGACUCAAAUUAGAUUGUAAUGUGAAUAUGGAAGACAUGAGGAAAAAAAGGUAUGCUGCAACAUAUGUCAAAGCUCUGGAAGCUCAUGUGAGCCAUCUUGAGCAAAAGCUUCGGAAUUUGGCUAACGCCGCUUCAUUAAAUGUUAAUGGUGAAGUGGACCCAAAGAGAGGUAGCCAUCGCAAUGGUGGUAGAAGAGGACAAGACGGUCGUAAUUCGGACUUAGAACAGGUUUUACCAAAUGUGCCCAUUAAACUUUCUCCCUCGCCUUCUGCUGUUAGUUUAGAAACUGAUAUUUUGAGAAGAAAAAUGUUCGUAAAAGGAAGCAUUUAUCCCGAAGGACCCGCGAGUUACAAACCCAAACGAUCUGAGCCGGGGCCCGUAAAACAGCAGCAACGGAUAUCAGAUUUGAAAACGACUGUGAUUGUAAGAUCACCUGCUGCGGGCGCUAAAGCGCUCAGUACUGAUGAGGGUAUACUCAAGAGCUUGUCUAAUUUUUACCGACACCUGUACCCGGGCCACUUUAUCUUUAUGCACCGGGAAAGUUUUCUGUACGGACUUUUCAAUCAUUAUGAUGAUAAUUACGAAAACUCACAAUAUUGUUCUGAGGAGUUGGUUUAUGCCGUGGCUGCCUUGGGUUCGAGUCUCACACGAGAGUUAAGAAGCUUAUCAACACACUACUAUCGACUUGCUAAAGAAAAACUAUUAAAAAUUGUUUUUGAUGAACAGAGCAUGGCCAAAAUCACCAGCGUUCAAGCUUUGUUGUGUUUAGCGUUCUACGAACUUGGUAGUGGGAACAAUCAACUGGCAUGGUAUUUUUCGGGGCUUGCUAUCAGAGUUGGCUAUGACAUGGGGUUUCAACUAGACCCAAAAGUGUGGAUUACAGACGACAUAAAUACGGGGAAGCUUUCCGAAAGUGAACUCGAGAUCAGAAGCCGCAUUUACUGGGGUUGCUACAUUGCGGACCACUUUAUCUGUCUAUUGCUGGGACGUACCUCGACUUUGAGUGUUUCUAAUUCAACUGUCCCUGAAUCAGAUGAGCUCCCAGAGGUUGAAGGCACGGAAGAGUUCCGGUUUGAUAGCAAAUACGUUCUCCAGGUGUCGCUACCUCUGAAAAACUUGAUUAUUUUGUCAAGAAUCGUUCAAAUUUUCACUUCUAAAAUAUUCAUUGAGCCCGGUAGCACCCCGCAAAGGAUUGAAUAUUUGCUAAAAUUUAACCUCAAGGUCUAUAACUGGAGGCAGUCCCUGCCGGACUUUUGGAAGUGGUCCAAGAAUCUCAUGCGUGACACGGACAUCUCAACCGACCCCACCAUCUCCUACUUCUGGUAUCAUUACUACAUCGUGCUGUUGACUUUCAACAAACCUUUCAUUGAGGAUUGCGACGAAUCCAAAGUCGUGGUGCUGGAGGCUCUCGGCGACCUGAAAGUGCUACUGUCGAAUUUCAAAGCUCGCUUUGGCAGCUUCGGCGUCGCAAGUCUCUACCUUCUGUACAGUUGCUUACUUGCUUUGGCGUGUCUGCGCAAGCUGGUCACCAUGCUACCAGAUCCUCAGAUCACCGCAAUAUUCUCGUCUCCGGAGGGCGAGAUGAAGUUUUUCAGCGAGACGUUCAAACAGUUUUCGCCUACUUACGAUCUGCCUCGGCGCAUGCAGGACGACGCGGAAUUCGAACAUGAACAAGAAAAACAGCCGCUCAACCAGCUCAGCAGUCUAGCUAACACUUACGAUUUUUCGCUCAGUGACGAAAUUGACGACCUGAUCAAGCAAGUGUUCGGUUUUGACAACUGGAAUAUCAAUCCAACCCACACCAUAUAG